AGACAACGUAAACUUACUGCUAGAGGUUUACCAAAGCAAAAACCGAUUCCAGGUGUCGAAAAAGUAGUGGUUGUUGCAUCUGGUAAAGGAGGUGUCGGAAAAUCAACAACUGCAGUAAACCUUGCUCUAGGAAUGAAACACGUAAAAAAGUCGCUGACUAUAGGAUUAUUAGAUGCAGAUGUGUUUGGACCGUCAAUACCGCGGUUAAUGAAUUUAAAUGGGAAUCCUCGACUUACAACUGAUGGACUGAUGGUACCGUUAGUCAAUUAUGAGAUACCUUGCAUGUCAAUGGGCUUUUUGAUUGAUGAUGGUGCUCCAAUUAUUUGGCGAGGAUUGAUGGUUAUGUCUGCCAUUCAAAAGCUGUUAUAUACCGUCGCAUGGAAUAAAUUAGACGUCUUAGUUAUCGAUAUGCCACCUGGAACAGGAGACACCCAACUCUCAAUAAGUCAAUUGGUUCCUGUGACAGGCAAGCAAUCAUCUACGAGAGUGCUGAUUUCUGAUAUGAGUGCGGUCAUUGUAUCUACACCUCAGGACAUAGCAUUAAUGGAUGUACGCAGAGGAACCGAAAUGUUUCGUAAAGUGAAUGUUCCUAUAUUAGGAUUAGUGCAAAAUAUGAGCUCUUAUCAGUGUCCAAAGUGUGGCCAUGUCUCUCACAUUUUCGGCCAUGAUGGUGCUCAUGCAGUUGCAGAUGAAAUGAAAAUAGAAACGAUAGGAGAUAUUCCUUUAACAUUACGCAUUCGUGAAACAUCUGAUCACGGUACACCAAUUACGGUUUUAAAUCCUGAUAGCACAGAGGCAGAGGCGUAUUUCCAAGUUGCUAAAAAGAUCAUUAACAAAUUGGCAUCGACUUGA